ACAUCUUCUGUACAUCUGUCAUCGUCCCUCCGCUGCUCUUCUUUCUCAGCGGCUCUCCAAGUCCCACUCACCCACCCAAACCCUCUCUCUCUCUCUCUUAUCUAGACUCUUUACAAAUCCUUAAGAGGAAUCGAGAUGUUGGGAUAUGAAAUUGAGGUUGAAUGGUGAAGAUGCAGUGUUUGGUAUGGUGCAGUGACUGGUGGUGUUGUAAUUGGUUGUUUGUCGAUGCUUGUUAAUGACUACCUUAUGUGCUAUGUGAUUUGCAGUAGUCUGGUUCAAUUGCAUACUCUGAGGAAAUUGUGUGGCUUUUCAACCUGCUUCUAGCAUGAACAUCUUCAAGCUGUUUGUGCCUACAAAAUGUGGCCUCAGAGCUUCCCUCACAUCUUCUAGAGCAUGUCUUUCCUUAUUCCAUUCAACCCCAGAUACCUUGGUGGAAGUUCAUUCUAGAGAGCAGGAAGUAAUAAUUGCUUUGGGAAGCAAUGUGGGAAAUAGACUUCAAAAUUUCAAUGAAGCCUUGCAGCUAAUGAAGAGAUCAGGCGUACAUAUCAGAAGGCACGGUUGUUUAUACGAAACAGAACCUGCUUAUGUGACUGAUCAGCCCCUCUUUCUCAACUCUGCUGUUAGAGGGGUUACAAAACUCGGGCCCCAUGAGCUGCUGGGAGUGCUUAAGAAAAUUGAGAAGGACAUGGGUCGAACUGAUGGGAUUAGGUAUGGUCCAAGACCGAUUGACUUGGAUAUAUUGUUUUAUGGGAAGUUUAGGAUUAGAUCUGAGAUUCUUACUGUCCCCCAUGAAAGAAUUUGGGAGAGACCAUUUGUAAUGGCUCCAUUGAUUGAUUUGUUGGGAUCGCAUAUAGAUAAUGACACAGUUGCGGGCUGGCAUUCCUUUGCAAUUCAUUCUGGUGGGCUUUAUGAAUCAUGGGAGAAACUUGGUGGUGAAUCUUUAAUUGGAAAGGAUGGGUUGAAGAGGGUAUUGCCCAUUGGAAAUUGCUUAUGGGACUGGUCACAGAAAACUUCUGUCAUGGGUAUCCUUAAUUUAACUCCAGAUAGUUUCAGCGAUGGAGGCAAGUAUCAGUCUGUAGAAGAUGCAGUUUCUCAGGUCCGCUUUAUGAUCUCUGAGGGAGCAGAAAUAAUUGAUCUCGGUGCACAAUCCACACGCCCAAUGGCAAAUAGAAUUUCUGCGGAGGAAGAGUUGGAUAGACUAAUUCCUGUCUUAGAAGAGGUUGUAAAGAUUCCCGAGGUACAGGGAAAGCUUCUAUCUGUGGAUACCUUUUAUUCACAGGUUGCUUCAGAGGCCAUAAGCAAAGGGGCUCAUCUUGUAAAUGAUGUAUCUGGUGGGCAGUUAGACUCGAAAAUGUUUAGUGUUGUUGCAGGCCAUAGGGUUCCUUAUGUUGCAAUGCAUAUGAGAGGUGACCCCUCUACUAUGCAAAAUAGUGAAAAUCUGGUGUAUGACAAUGUUUGUGAGGUAGUUGCAUCAGAGUUAUAUGAGCGGGUUAGAGAUGCAGAGUUAUCAGGCAUUCCAGCUUGGAGUAUUAUUAUAGACCCUGGAAUUGGAUUCUCAAAGAAGACUGAACAUAAUUUGGACAUCCUCAGGGGCUUACCAACCAUUCGAGCCGAGAUUGCAAGGAAGAGCUUGGCAGUUUCUCAUGCUCCUUUAUUGAUUGGCCCUUCCAGAAAGAAAUUUCUAGGUGAAAUCUGUGCACGCCCUGCUGCAGUUGAGAGAGAUCCAGCAACUGUUGCUUCUGUCACAACCGGGGUUUUGGGGGGUGCAAAUAUUAUUAGAGUACACAAUGUGAGAGAUAAUCUAGAUGCUGUGAAGCUUUGUGAUGCAAUGCUGGACCGGAGAAGAUCAUUUGCAUGAAAUAAGGAGUUUAAUUCACAAGGUCUUGGAUUCCAUUGCGUUGAAUUCCAGUAAACAUGCUGGUCGUGUACUGGUAAAGUGUCUGACAUUUUAUUUUUCUGGAACAUAUUCUUUGAUGUUCUUGUACCAAGCUUGCGAACGUAGGUACUUGAGAAUAGUUGAGUUAAUAAUGUGAUUUGUUCUUUGAUUAGUGGCUUACCUCUUAUGGGUACACAAAAUUCCUACCUAUAACGAGGUUUGUAACAAGAUUUAGAAGAGAUAAGUAGUAGACAGCCUUAUCUUCAUUUUGGACCAGAAAUUGAACAAGCAAUCUUUUUUUUUUUGGACAGAUGAACACUUCUAAUCGAUU